UUUGUUGGAUCGUUGUCGUGUAAACGCCCCCGUUUACAUGAGUUUUAAAAAGUUCUAUAGUAUUAAUUUAUCUGUAUUCUAUUUUGAAAGAGAAUUUUGAGAUAUUAGUGCAUUGUGGGUAGCAGAGGCAGUUGCAGUUUGGAAUACCUGUUCAGAGAGAGCCUGCCUGUUAAUGUAUGAACUUCACCUCCUGUGUUAAUCUUUUCUUACACCUCCGAAAACAAUGGCUUUUCACUCAACCUUUCAUUGAGCUUUUCCACACCACUGCUCAAAGUUGAAGCUGCACAUUGAGGCGAUGGAUAGAAAAGCACGCAAAAGAAAAAGAGACUGCCUGUGCUUCCACUCUGUCAGAUGUUAAAACUUCUGUUAAAAUUAAAAGACCUGAAAGAUUGAACUUGACUCGGCCCGAAAAUGUUGGCUGAAAGCAGACAAUUGAUGUGGACCCUGUUGCUUCUAUUUGCAGAAGAUGUUUUCUCCAGCAAGUGCUUCGUGGAUUACCCCCAGCAAACCAUCUGUGCUGUCAGAGGCUCGCCUGUUGUCUUCUUUUGUAUCUUUAAUAAUAUUGAAAAGCAAGAAGUAAAAAGGUUCAUGUGGGCUUAUGUGAAGUCUUCUAAAUGUCGUUUUAUUUUAACUUACCCUGGGAAUGAAUCUGAAAGAUUUGAGUACACAGGAGACAAAGUGCAUAACUGCUCUUUGAAAAUACACAAAGUGAGCCAUGAUGAUGCUGGGAGAUAUUUUUUCAGAUACAAUGCCAACAAAGGAUGCCCCACUAAAGGUCUAGUAUUGAACGUUAUUGAUCUGAAUAUUUCGGUGCAAAAAGAAGCGAUAAAGGAAGGAGAUUCAGUAAAUCUCACCUGCAAAAACCGCUGCGACGGUGAAGGAGGUUCAUAUGGGUACAGCUGGUUUAAAGAUGGAGAAGCCAUAAAUGAAGGACCGGUACUUCAUUUGACAAACGUGUCCUCUAAACAUUCAGGGAACUACACAUGCUCCCUAAAAAUGACAAACGGAACAACUUCAGGAGUCGCUCAUGUCGAUGUUGAAUAUGGACCCAAGAACACAUCUGUGCUUGUCAGAUCAUCAUCUGAGACGGGGUCAAACGGCAGCAUUGUCCUGAUCUGCUGCAGCGAUGCGCACCCGCCUGUAGAGAAUUACAGCUGGUUCAAAGUAGCAGACGGUUGGAUACAGAAAGUUGGACAUCAGGCUGAGUUGCUUCCUGAUGAUGGCGGUCAGUAUUCAUGCAGCGUCUCCAACAAACAUGGAAGUCAAAACUCCAAAGUUUUCACUUUGAAGAAGAAGAAUCCUUAUUGGACAUUUAUGAGAUACAUGCAUGUCAUUAUCAGUGUCAGUGUUGUGCUGCUUCUAGUCAUGACAUCUGUUAUUGCUGUUUGCAGGCUCACCAAAAACAAAAUGAGGGCAGAGACAGAACAUCUGGAAGAAAUGCAGAGGACAGAUGGUGCGAAUCGACUUAGGACUGAAGACAGUCACCAGUUACAAGCUGUCAACAAUCUUAAGGUUGAAGAAGCUACAACAGAAAUAAUAUAUUCUACUAUUGAAUUUCAAAAGGGAAGAAAGAGAACCAUGAAACAGGAGGAUUAUGAAAAUGAAACUGUUAUUUACAGCACAGUUCGCAGGAACUAGCUUUUGAACCACUGAAAUAGGACAUUCUUUUGAUGUGAUUGCUCACAGCGCAGUCUGAGUAAGAGCAAAACCUUCUUCUGAGGGAUUUUUCUGGGUGGUGGAUGUCUCCUUAGAAGAUGAAAAGAAGUACAGCAACUCACAUUUAGUCUGUCUGCCAGGUAGUAUCACUCUUGAUGAUAACUGAAAAAUAAAACUCCAAUCAGAUUUACUGAGAAAAUGCUGAAGCCCAAAAGUACCAUUGUUUGUCUAUAUUUGCAUAUUUAUUGGUAUGUGACUACAGAACAAGUUGUUUUCAAUGACUAACAGUGAGUUACUUCUCUCCAUCUCUUUUAUGUGAGGAAACUUUCAGUGUAUGAUUCUUGCGAGAUACUAGAAUAGACAUUUUCUCAAAGCAUCUUUGAGAAGUUUGGAGUGUUCCUUCCCACAAUCAUAGCUAGACACACCUUGUGGCUGUCUAGAAAACCUGGAAAGAAUGUUCGGUUUUUACUUCUAAAGCCAAGAAAGGCAUUGUUUUUAGUAACUGUUGAAUUUUACCUGUAAAUUCUAAAGAAAGAUCUGAACGUCUGUCUGCGCAAAAGUGACUCAUCCACCGCAAUAGAACGACAGCRCCUCACCACCUGCUACCACUUCCUGUGUUAUUUACUGGCCAUUUUUUUCACAGCUGCUUUUGUGGCCUGUUACUUAAAUCUGUGGUUCUUUCAGAUGUGAAGUUGGAGCCGCACAUGACCACUAUGACCUUAUGACCACUCCUACAUGCUCUCUCUGGGUUGGAGGUCUGUUUGUCUCAAGUGAAAGGGAGCAACCAUCCAGAUAGUGUUUGAAAAUGGAUUCACUUUUCCAGAUUUUGAUUUGGACAUUUUUAUGAAGUAAAAUUGUGAAUUUCUUCAUUGUUGCUUGGUUGUUAAAGGAAGCCAUUUUUUUUCAGAUAGGCAUCAACAUGUGGAAUAAAACAUUUGAUGUCUGCACUCAAUCUGUUUAAUGAAACCUUUCUGACUUUUGUUAGUCAAAAGAGUCCAUCUUAAGACAAAUCACAUAUGAUUAGACUUAGAUAAAUAUUUAGGAUCAUGACAUCCUAACAUUUAACAUUAAUAUGUA